AUGAACCAGACUCCUUCUACCAAGUACACAACUGUGCCCGGCUUCUUUCUUCAGGACGAGUCUAGCACAGACGCUAAGAGUUUCGACUACGCAGCAUCUGAUUUCGGUCUGAUCAAGCGAGCAUACAAUACCGACAAGGAAUACGAUCCGGAAAAGAAGAGGACCCAGUGGGAGCGAUUCUACCAACAAAUCUCCGAAUUGAACUCUCAAGCUAGCAGUAGUGUUCGGUAUAAGGUCAUCUACAUGGGGCGCCAUGGUGAGGGUGUGCACAACGUAGCUGAGAAUUAUUAUGGAACCUCGGCUUGGGAUAGCUACUGGUCAAAGCAAGACGGAAACGAUACCGUCAUUUGGGCCGACGCACAUCUCACGGAGAAAGGCAUAGAGCAAGCCCGAAUAGCCAACAAAUUCUGGGCCUUGGAGAUGGCAACACAACAUAUACCAGUGCCAGAAAGUUUUUACACGAGCCCACUUGACAGGUGCCUCGCCACCGCCAAUAUUACCUUCAAUGGCCUCCAAUUACCAGCUCAGCAGCCUUGCGUCCCAGAAGUCAAAGAACUGCUUCGCGAAGUAAUUGGGAUCCAUACUUGUGACCGGCGCAGCAAAAAAACUUACAUCCACACCAACUUCCCAGCAUACACCUUUGAGCCCGGGUUCGCCGAAGACGAUGAGAUGUGGCGCCCGGAAGUUCGAGAAAGUAACUCACUUCAUGAUACCCGCAUGAGGAAGCUGCUUGGUGAUAUAUUUACCCACGAUGACAACACGUACAUCUCGUUCACUACCCAUUCGGGAUCAAUCGCUUCCCUUCUGAGGGUUACUGGGCAUCGUGAAUUUCGCGUGCCGACAGGGGCUGUAAUCCCUGUAUUGAUAAAAGCAGAGAUGACUCACGCCGAGCCAUCAUGA